AUGAGUUGUACCGAAAAUGAUAGUGGCCCCUAUGUUGUAUUCUUCUUACCAGCCGUUGUUGGCUGCUUGACCAUACUCUUGGCCCGACGCUGGGCUAACUCUCAAGUUAGCAAUACUUCAUCCACUGCCAUUUCGAGGCGAAGGAAAAUAAUUAAAGACCCGCUUGUUAAACGUCCUUUACCUCCAAUUGCUUGUAAAAUGGUAGCUCCUGGCUCAAAGAAGACAUCUGGAGCGAACAAAAAGGGAGUAACACUUCCUUUAUCAGAUGAAGAUGUUAAUGGAAAAAGGGCCAGACCAAGGCUUUCUCCAACAAAAAAUCCACCUGACAUCAAACUAUCUGAUAGCCCAUUGCCACCAAAACACAUACCAUUCCCAUAUAUUCCCCAGGAUGGAGAAUUGUUAUUUGAAAUUAUGUCAUUUGUGUUUUUACUUGUGGCUAUGGGAUUGCAGUUUUUGAAUUUGUAUAGGACAAUGUGGUGGUUGCCACAUUCAUAUACUACACAGGCAAUGAAUUUUCAUCUUAUUGAUCCACACCUUGUAGCAUUUAUAGUGACAAUCAUAAGUAGAAGACUACUUCUAAGCAUAACUUUAGUUUUUCUCAGAUGCAUUCUUGCACCUAAAAUGAUGCCUCAUGCUACUAUAGCAGCUAGGAUGUUCAUCUUAGGAGUAGUUCUUGGUGCAAUGUCCUGGUGCACUUACUUUUUAAUGCUCAAACAUCCUUUUGUUAAGAUAUUUUAUCUCUGCUAUCCUGCAGUAAUAUACUUCAUUCUAUUCGGAAUGGACUCUAUACCAUUCCUGGAACUCCACAACUCUCCACCACUCAUGCACAGCUGUUCGCAUGAAACUGAGCAGAUAAGAGUGGAAGUGGAGGUUCUGAGACAGGACUUCAAUAUUAGAGUAAAGAAGAUACUCUUCAAUUCAAUACUCGGGACGUAUUAUAGCAGUUUUGUGCCAUGUUGUUUUGCGCAGUCGUACCUGCACUACGACGCGAUGGGCGCGGCGCAGCAGACGGGGCUGGUGUGGGGCGCGCUGUGCGGCCGCCUCGCCGCGCGCCUGCUGCCCGCCGCGCGCGCCGACGCGCCGCACCGCGCCGCGCGCCACCUCGGCCGCUGGGCGCCGCACGCGCCAGAAAACAUAGCAGACGUGCCAGAGUGGUGUCCCACACGCUGGUACACUUACGGGUCGCGGGUUCGAGUCUUGGAGGAGGUAUUCAUAGCGGACACGGCCAUUGUCUCCGCCACGCCCAACGACGUUCAUCAUAUACGGUUCUAUUCCGUAUUCAGCAAUCCAUCAAAACUUCUAUGUCUUCUGCUGUGCCUCCAGCUGUCCCUAGUUGCGAUGCAACUGUGUCUCUUGUUUAGUUCAUUCGCGUGGCACAAUUUUUUAGCCAUUGUUAUUUUACUAUUUAUUAACUAUUACACUGUAUUUAAAAUGAUUAGAGAUUAUCUCGUCGCUUGGAAAGUAUAUAAAGCAGAAGAUAUGAUACAAGAUAAAAAUAUUCAACAUACUGUUAAU